AUGCCCAAAGAGAACAAACACAGUAGAGGGAGGAGAGAAGAGAAGAAACUCAAGCGCAAGAGGGAUAACGGCGAGGAGCAGCCUACCAAGUCCAAGAGACAGAAAUCGCAAGAGCCCGCGGAGGAUGUCGAGGUCGGCUUCAUUGGCCUCGAUGACCCCAUCAUGAGGUCGCACUAUCCUAAUGGCGACGAUGAGGAGGAGGGUGAGGAUACCGAGAGACCUUUUUAUGGAAUGCUCGAGGACCAAGAGCAGGAAUACUUUCGGCGCGCAGAUGAACUGCUCGAGAAUAACGAUUUCCCAUCUGACGAAGAACGCUCCCUGUUCCUGGCGAAUGUAUACCGAGAGGCAGAAGGCAAGGAGCUGAAGAUUGCAUGCAGUCAGUCAUGCUCGCGGUUGAUGGAGAGGUUGAUACUGCUGAGUACGGUGGAGCAGAAAAAGAGGAUUUUUGAGAAAUUCAAGGACAAUUAUCCACAUUUGAUCCAGCAUCGGUUUGCCAGUCAUUGCUGCGAGACUCUCUUCAUUCAGUCUGCGCCGAUUGUUACGGAAGAGCUCACGGCGGAUUCGAAGAAGGGGAAGAAGAAAGGUGUGGAGGUGGAAGUGGAUGCCGAGAUGAAGGAGGGGAAGGAAUUGCCGUCAAUGGAGGACCUCUUUUUGGCGACACUGGACGAGCUGGAGGGCAAGAUGACUUUUCUGCUCACUGAUAGAUUCGCAUCCCACACUCUCCGGGUUCUACUUGUUAUUCUCUCGGGCCAAGCUCUCGAAAAGGCGUCUACAAGAACCCUUAUGCAAAGCAAGAAGAAAGAGAAGAUCUCCAUUACAGGCCUGGACACUGCACCCACAGAACUCUCGCUCAAUAAACGAGCCGUCCCAUCCUCAUUUCAAUUCGCCGUCGAGAAGAUCAUCUCAGAUACGAUUGCUACGAUGGAUACAUCCUUUAUCCGAGUCCUGGCCACCCACCCAACAGGAAACCCAACACUUCAACUACUUCUCGAGCUGGAGCUUACGAAUCCAAAUUCCAAAAAGGGAAUAAAUACGUCCGAGAAGACCAUCAUAUCAGCUCUACUCCCAGACGACAUCACGGCCGAAGGUAGCGAGUCCCAAACAUUUGUGAACGGUAUCCUAUACGAUGCUAUAGGAUCUCGUCUACUAGAAACAAUCUGCACGUUUGCACCCGGAAAGCUGUUCAAGCAAAUCUACAAGACAGUUUUCAAGGAUCGCAUCGCUGCCAUAUCUAGAAAUGAGAUAUCUUCAUAUGUAGCCAUCAAGGUUUUGACUCGUCUCAGCAAAGAGGAUCUCGAGGAAGCGGUCACAGCCAUCCUCCCCCAAAUAGAGGGCCUGGUACAGCGCAACAGGACAGUCAUUCUCAAAACAAUUCUGGAAAGAUGCCAUGCUCGAGGUGCAGACACGGAAGAACUCUGCAAAUCAAUCGCCGAGGCGUACGGCUCUGAUCCCAAGACACUCAUCCUAAAAAUGGCUUGCAUUGACAACAUCGAAGACAUCAUGUCACCCGCACCCCCUAAGGGAGGCGAAGAAGCAUCCGCGCCACCAGCAGCCAUGAAACCCAGCGCCUAUCAACUACACGGCUCGCUGCUCGCCCAAUGUAUGCUUUCCAUUCCGGGUAAUCUCGCCCGCAAAGAUGCCGAAGGGAAGCCUUCCCCUCAAACUCUCUCCCCAGAAUCUCUUAUCCAAGACGCGCUCCUCGCAUUAUCCGCAGACGAGCUCCUCGCCCUCUCAAACUAUACCACAACAUCGCACAUCAUCCAAUCCGCACUUUUGCCUACCUCAUCCUCCCUCACCGCGUGGGACUCCAAGACAAAGUCCAAGGAAACGAAAACUACCAACAACGUUCUCUUCCGCCGAAAACUAAUCAACAAUCUCCUUUUUUCCUCCGCCCCCACGGACGACGCACAACUCCCACCGGCCAUAACCCUCGCCCUAUCAUCCACGGGCUCCCACGUCCUCGACGCCCUGCUCUUCUCCACUGCUGCCCCACCAACCCUUACAUCCCCGAGCACCCCUCUAUUCUCCCUAACAGACCGCAUUGGCGCCCUUCUCCUCAGCCACGAGCACCAGCUCCGCGACAGCUACCCAGGCCGCAUCGUGUUGCGAAACUGGUCUCUCGACCUCUUCAAACGCCGCCGCAGCGACUGGGUCAAGAAAGUCAAGGAGUCUGCGCUCCUCAAACUCCAAUCCCAACCAUCAUCCUUACCUCCGCCACCUACUGCGGCGCCGGCCGCAGAUGAAGAAGAAGAAGGAAAGAAGCAGCCGACAAUCUCUGAACCCGGCGAAGGGAAGAAGAAUCGCAAGAUCAAGCGGGAUCAAAAAUGGGCGGAGAAGAAGAAGGUGAUGAAGAGUGCGCCGGAUGUAGCGCCGAGGAAAUCGGCUAUUCAACUUGCGAGGGAGAAGUUUGCUGCUGGAAAGAUGGAGAGGGGUGGAGGUGGGCAUAGGGGGAAGGGACGGGAUUUCAGGACGGGGGCGAAUUCUGUUCAGGCUGUUGAGAAAGAGGGAGAGGAGUGA